AUGGUGCACGGUGAAGACUCUAUUGCGAACGACGACUUCGCAAGGCCAGGGUUCGGUGCAAACCGUGAGGUUAAGAAGGCCGUCGAGGCUUACUGGGCGGGCAAGAUCUCGGCCGACGAGCUCACCAAGGCUGCUGCAGAGGUCAAGAAGGCCAGCUGGACCAGCCUCAAGGAGCGCGGCGUUGGUCUCAUCCCUAGCGGUGACUUCUCGCUGUACGACCACGUCCUUGACCACUCCGCUGCGUUCAACGUUAUCCCGAAGCGCUACCUCGGGCACAACCUGUCUGCUCUUGAUGUAUACUUCGCCAUGGGCCGUGGUCGCCAGGCAGAUGGCGUCGACGUCCCCGCCUCUGAGAUGAAGAAGUGGUUCGACUCUAACUACCACUUCGUCGUUCCCGAGUUCUCGGACGAAACCGACUUCAAGCUCAACUUCAACAAGGCGCUUGAGGAGUUCAACGAGGCUAAGGCCCUCGGCAUCGCGACACGGCCCGUUGUCCUCGGCCCCAUCUCCUUCCUCACCCUUGGUAAGGCCGCAAAGGAUGCGAAGCCUGGCUUCCAGCCGAUCUCCCUCCUUCCCAAGGUUCUCCCCGUAUACAAGCAGCUCCUUGCUGACCUCAAGGCCGCCGGCGCCGAGUGGGUCCAGGUCGACGAGCCCGUCCUUGUCCUCGACUCCGCCGCGUACCUUGAGAGGCAGUAUGCGACCGCGUAUGCCGAGCUCGCGCCCGUCUCGCCCAAGAUUCUGCUCGCGACCUACUACGGCCGCCUCGACUCGAACCUCUCGUUCGUCGCCAAGCUGCCGGUCGCCGGUCUACACAUUGACCUCGACCGUGGCCUUAAGCAGCUCGAUGAGGUUAUCGCCGCCGUCAAGCCCACCCCCAUUGUGCUGUCUCUUGGUAUUGUCUCAGGCCGCAACAUCUGGAAGGCCGACCUCCAGGCUGGCCUUGUGCUUGGCCAGAAGGCAGUCUCUGUGCUCGGCCUGGACCGUGUCAUCAUCGCGACGUCGUCCUCGCUCCUGCACACCCCGGUCACGAUUGCAGCAGAGAACAAGCUGACCCCUGCUCAGAAGGACUGGUUCUCCUUUGCCCUUGAAAAGGCCACUGAGGUCUCCGUCCUCGCUGCUGUUCUCUCCGGCUCCCAAGAUUCGGCCGUUGCUUCUGCCGUUGAGGCGAACAAGGCUUCCAUCACCAAGCGCCGUGAGUUCGAGCGCACGUCGGACGAUGCCGUCAGGAAGCGCGUUGCAUCGAUCACCCCCGACAUGCUUGAACGCAAGAGCCCGUUCGCCGUGCGCAAGGAGGUUCAGGCCAAGUACCUCAACCUCCCCAAGUUCCCGACUACUACGAUUGGUUCUUUCCCCCAAACCAAGGAGAUCCGUACCGCUCGUGCGAAGCUCAACAAGAAGGAGAUCUCUGAGGUUGAGUACGAGGACUUCAUUAAGAAGGAGGUUGAGCACGUCGUCCGCUUCCAGGAGCGCAUCGGACUCGACCUCCUCGUGCACGGUGAGCCCGAGCGCAACGACAUGGUCCAGUACUUCGGCGAGCAGCUCGAGGGCUUCGUCUUCACGCAGAACGGCUGGGUGCAGAGCUACGGCUCCCGCUACGUCCGCCCGCCGAUCAUCGUGUCUGACGUUUCCCGCCCCGGCCCGAUGACCGUCAAGUGGAGUAGCUACGCGCAGAGCCUCACGUCCAAGCCGAUGAAGGGUAUGCUGACGGGUCCCGUCACGAUCCUCAACUGGUCGUUCCCCCGUGCGGAUGUAUCCCGUGAACUCCAGUGCAUGCAGCUCGCCCUUGCGCUCCGCGACGAGGUUGUUGACCUCGAGAAGGCGGGUAUUAAGGCCGUCCAGGUCGAUGAGCCCGCUCUCCGUGAGGGUCUGCCGCUCCGCAAGGUCGACUGGGAGCCCUACCUCAAGUGGGCACUGCCCUCGUUCAAGCUCGCGACGGCGGGUGUGAGCGACAGCCUGCAAACCCACUCGCACUUCUGCUACUCGGACUUUGACGACAUCUUCCCGUCGAUCCAGGCGCUUGACGCAGACGUCAUCUCGAUUGAAGCGUCGAAGAGCGACAUGAAGCUGCUCAAGACGUUCAAGCAGUACGGCUACUCGAACCAGAUCGGUCCCGGUGUGUACGACAUCCACUCGCCCCGUGUGCCAGGCGAGCAGGAGAUCAAGGACCGUGUCGCGGACAUGCUCGCGAUUCUGCCCGACGACCUGCUCUUCAUCAACCCCGACUGCGGUCUUAAGACUCGUGGCUGGAAGGAGACCGAGACCUCGCUCGUGAACCUCGUCAACGCCGCUCGCUGGGCCCGUCAGACAUACGCGUAAUUGCAUCCCCCCUUGCGCUUCAACAGCGCCCGUGACGUGGUUACUGUAACUUAUCGGCGCGCUCGCUCUCAACGCGGCAGCGUUCGGUGCAUGACCCAGGGUAGUUGUGGCGACAAAAUAUCGGGCUGGAGGAUGGCACCCGGUGAACCCCGGCGACGUCGAGCCCAGUGGGUCGGUCCUCGUGGUAGCGGAGAUCGGAGGGCCUGCUGUGCUCGAUAGCGUCGAGGCUGCGUAGCAUGUAGUGGAUUUUGGAGCGUGUAAGUAGUAGUGUUCGGAUUUCAACAAUCCCGAAUGAGAAGCGCUUCAACGGCGUAGAUGUCACGACGAA